UUCUGUAGAGAUAACAAAACACAUCCUCUCCUCCCAAAAUCCCUACUCCUCUCACUCACUCACUCUUCCUCUCUGAACAAUCCAAUCCAAUCCAAUCCGCCAUGGCCAUUACAGCCUCUGCUUACUCUAAACUCGUAUACCCACAUGCCCCUCCUUCGCCUUCCCCCUCUUCCUCCUCCAACAAUCCCUAUCUCUUCUCUGCAAAUUCUUUGCCUUCAAAAUUGACACCCAAACCCCACCUCUCCUCCACCUUCUUGUCUUCAUUUACAAUCACUACCACGUCCUCCUACGCCUACCGCCUCUCCAGCCGUCGCACCUUCACUGUCCGCGCUGCUAGGGGCAAAUUCGAGCGCAAGAAGCCCCAUGUCAAUAUCGGCACAAUCGGCCAUGUCGACCACGGGAAGACUACCCUCACCGCCGCUCUUACCAUGGCCCUCGCCUCCUUGGGCGGCAGUGCCCCCAAGAAAUACGACGAAAUUGAUGCCGCCCCAGAGGAGCGGGCUCGUGGUAUCACUAUCAACACUGCCACCGUCGAGUAUGAGACUGAGAAUCGUCAUUACGCGCACGUUGACUGCCCCGGACACGCUGAUUAUGUCAAGAACAUGAUUACCGGUGCUGCCCAGAUGGACGGUGCUAUCCUUGUCGUUUCCGGCGCCGACGGCCCUAUGCCCCAGACUAAAGAACACAUCUUGUUGGCCAAACAAGUGGGUGUUCCCAAUAUGGUGGUGUUCUUGAACAAACAAGAUCAAGUGGAUGAUGAGGAGCUGUUGCAGCUCGUCGAGUUGGAGGUGCGUGAAUUGCUUUCUUCUUAUGAAUUCCCUGGUGAUGAUGUGCCCAUUGUUUCUGGGUCUGCUCUUUUGGCUUUAGAGGCAUUAAUGGAGAAUCCUAGUAUUAAGCGUGGAGAUAAUCAAUGGGUUGAUAAAAUCUAUGAACUUAUGGAUUCCGUGGAUAGUUAUAUUCCAAUUCCACAACGGCAGACUGAAUUGCCGUUUUUGCUGGCAGUUGAAGAUGUAUUUUCAAUUACUGGUCGUGGUACUGUUGCCACAGGUAGGGUUGAGCGUGGUACCGUUAAGGUUGGAGAGACAGUGGAUAUUGUAGGUCUGAGAGAGACUAGAAAUACUACUGUGACUGGUGUAGAAAUGUUUCAGAAAAUCCUUGAUGAGGCUCUGGCUGGGGAUAAUGUGGGUUUGUUGCUUAGAGGUGUUCAGAAGGUUGAUAUACAGAGAGGGAUGGUUCUGGCUAAGCCUGGAACCAUCACUCCACACACAAAAUUCCUUGCAAUUGUGUACGUAUUGAAGAAAGAAGAAGGUGGGAGGCACUCCCCAUUUUUCUCUGGGUAUAGGCCUCAGUUUUACAUGAGGACCACUGAUGUAACUGGCAAAGUGACUUCCAUUAUGAAUGACAAAGACGAGGAGUCAAAAAUGGUUAUGCCUGGUGACCGUGUCAAGAUUGUUGUUGAGCUCAUUAUGCCUGUUGCUUGUGAGCAAGGUAUGAGGUUUGCUAUCAGAGAAGGAGGGAAGACUGUUGGAGCUGGUGUGAUUCAGUCCAUCAUUGAGUAAUACUUUGGCAUGGCUGGAAAUGCUUUUAGCAUUUGAGUUGCGUGGAAUGGCUUCUUAUCUUGAGCUUUGUGAAAUUAGUAUCCACAAUUAGCUACUUCUUGAACCCCAUGUCAUAUAUCUUUUCAAUUUUGUGUUGCUUUUGAUUUGCCUUCAUGUUUAGCCUAGUCGGACAAUAUUCUUGUGAUAAUUCAAUCUUGCUCAGAUAUCUGUGUUAAGAGUGGUUUUUGUUUA